AUGGCGGCGAUGAGGACGUCUGCUGUUCGGAGUUGGAGCCUUCUUCAGUGGGUUUUGUUGUUGACAACUGUUCGAUGCCGAAUCCAUCAUCUGAUCUUGAAGGAUGAUGUUAGACAGAAGGUCCAUUUAAACACAUUUGGUUUCUUCAAGAAUGGAAAUAUGUCUGUGGAAAUGACCAGCUUAAUUUCUAAGGAUUUUGACUUCAAACUUGUUGAAAAUACUGCGUUGGGGCUAAGCUUGGACCGAACAAAGAAUGAUGGUUUCUCAUCCUAUUUGGAAGAUGAAAUUGAUUUCUGCUUUUUGAAGAAAAAGCCAUCAGCUGAUACACCUGUCACACUUUUCCUUUUUGACUUUAAAACACAACGUAUUACAGUUAUGACAUCAGGCAGCAAUCAGCCAUCAGUCAGUGAUGCUGGGACCACAGGAAGUCUGCCCACAAAGGUCAAAGUCAGUAAAACGAAUGCAAAUACCCAGGGAAAGGUUAAGAUGAAUGAAACAGCAGAUCACCCUGACGAAGGUCAAAAAGACAAACCAAAAUCUCCAGAUAAUACAGGUGAACCGAAGGCAGCAAGGGAAACAAUCUCACUGCGGAAAAAUAACGCAUCAUAUUCAUUCAUGUUCUCACUUACCAUCAAUACUGACGAAGAACAAGGACUUUAUAGUCUUUACUUUCAUAAUUGCUACAGCAACAAAACAGCAUCUCUUCGGUCUUUCAAAUUUGACAUGGAUAUUACAAUAGUGGAAUACAACCCUGGCAGCUACUUGUCUGCAGGGGAGAUCCCACUCCCCAAGCUCUACAUCUCUAUGGCUUUCUUCUUCUUCUUGGCCGGAGUUAUCUGGGUUUAUAUUCUCCGAAAACGCAGCAAUGAUGUGUUUAAGAUCCACUGGCUGAUGGGCGCGCUGGCAUUUACAAAGUCCCUUUCAUUGGUCUUCCACGCAAUUGAUUAUCACUUUAUUUCCACUCAGGGAUACCCUAUCGAAGGUUGGGCUGUGGUGUACUACAUAACACAUUUGUUGAAAGGCGCCCUGUUGUUCAUUACGAUUGCACUGAUAGGAACUGGCUGGGCCUUUGUUAAACACAUCCUAUCAGAUAAAGACAAGAAAAUCUUUAUGAUAGUUAUUCCACUCCAGGUGCUUGCCAAUGUUGCUUACAUCAUAAUCGAGUCUACAGAAGAAGGGACAACUGAAUAUGGACUGUGGAAGGAGAUCCUCUUCCUUGUAGACCUCUUGUGUUGUGGUGCUAUUCUCUUCCCUGUGGUAUGGUCAAUUAGACAUUUGCAAGAGGCGUCAGCAACUGAUGGAAAAGCUGCCAUUAACUUGGCGAAACUAAUGCUCUUCAGACAUUACUAUGUCAUGAUUGUGUGUUAUAUUUAUUUUACGCGAAUCAUUGCAAUCCUGAUCAAAAUUAUCGUACCUUUCCAGUGGAAAUGGCUGUAUCAGUUCCUAGAUGAACUCGCCACACUUGUAUUUUUCUGUUUGACGGGAUACAAGUUUCGACCAGCUUCAGAUAAUCCCUACCUUCAACUAUCUCAGAAUGAGGAGGAUGUCGAGAUGGACGAAGUAGUAACUACAAUUGGAAUGAUGGAAGGAAUAAAAAAAGUUAACCAGUCAUCGAAUGGCUCCACAGAACAGAGAGCAGAACUGGAACGAGUGGCAUGAUGGGCCUCGGAGAGUAACCUUAUCAUCCUUCUCACCUUGGAAUGGAAUAUGCGGCAAAAGCACUUGAUUCGGGGUUUGAGGAAGUGCUUCUGCACAAAAUGAUACUUGGUAUAUUGUUACGAAAGAAACAAUAUUCCUGUAAAAUCUUUGCUGUUUUUCAAUCAUCUGAUGAGCAGUUUGCUGCUGGUACUGAUUAUCCUUGCCCUGUAAGCCAGUUUAGCACUCUCAGACCUCAAGGCAAUUUCCUCAUUAUGAGGCUUUUAAGCUUAAUUAAUUUCGAUUGUGAGUUUCUUCUGGCUCACAGAGUUGGCUGUAAAUCUGUUCAUUUUUACAAGCUUUUACCAUUGUCCUAUAGGAUCUUUAAGACUGAAGACUCAUCUCAUGCAAGUCUGUGGUUAUCAAUACAAGCUUCAGGCUGCAGAACUUAAGUUGUGUUUAUACUAAAUAUGAUUCUGCUGAGCUGGUUUCACUGCACAGAAUGAGUUAAAUUAACAGGAGGUCAUUGCCUGCAGCAAAGAGAAGGAUGAGUCAUGAGCUAAGUCUCAAGUUAAACUUCGGAGAUGAGCCCAACACGAUUUUACCUUUCGUCUCAGGUAAAAGGGAUUUACAGCCCACAGCCUGUUUAGUAAAAAUAAUUAUUUUUAUUUUGAGCACCUGGACAUUAUAAUUCAAAAAUAAAAAAUAUAAAUUGAUUCACAAUGAAGGGUACUGAUCAAGAAAUUCCUGGAUUGAAGAUGUAAUUACAUUUUUCCCAAGCUGAUUCAUGUUCUGCAUGGCUCAAAUGCACCAUACAUCUUUAGCUCAUCUUGUGCAGGGCUACAGUUACCAAGGGGAAAUAUAGCCCAGCAUACACCACCUGGGAAGAAAGGAAAUUCUAGCAUUUCUAAUUCUUGUGUGUUGAUUUGGAUUUCCAGCAUCUGCAGAUUUUCUUGUGUUUGUGAUUUUUAAUUCUUGUAACUUUCCAAUGGCUCCAAUUGGAAAGAGCGCAUAUGUAGAUUUAACUGGUAAAAAUUACCACACACAUUAAUCGCCCACACCAUUAUGAAACUCUGAACGACAGUACUAAUAGAUUCCUUUAUGAGAAGAGCAAGUAUUUGUUAUAACAAUACUAUCGCUGCAACCAAUAUACCCACCUUAGCAGUAUGGUAAGAGGAGUUAAUAUUCAAGAGAUGAGUCAUUCUUCAGAAAUUUAAGGAUAGCUGGUCUAAAUUAAUAUUUAUCUAGAAUUUUUUUGUUAGUUUCUCCUGAAAAUUGAAUUUCCUGCAGUUUGUGACUCAGAUUCUCCACUCCUUCAGGUACUUGGCUGAUUUGUUGGUGUAACUGUGUUAGUCCUUGGAUUAACAAGCUGUGUGUAGGAGUAACAUCGUGAGGCACAGUUGUCACAAGUGUGCUGUAGAAAGUGGUGUGGGCUCAUUAGAUCCCAUCAUUUGGGAAGAGAUGAGGUACAAAGAGUACCAUCUCUGAAAGCUUUAUCAGUCAUCUGGUGAAAGCCUCAUGUUACAGGCUACAAAUUUAAGGUCAGAAGUGAUGCUAUGAUACUAACAAAUUCAUGUUGUGUUUUAAAUAUUUAUAAUUGCAUAAUUUUAUCAUCUUUGCUCAUUGCACCGCUUUCUCACAUUCUUCUUGCCAGCGCACAGCAGUGGGCUUUCUUUUUGAUUUAAUCAAUCUCUUUUGGCUUUAAAGCUUGUGCCAACUUCUCCUCUACUUCACAAUUUCUGGGUGAUGCAGCAGAUGUCAUAAACUUGCUUUCUUUAAUUGGAGAAAGCAAGACUGACUCCACCUGUUACCACUCUGUUGCAGUACAUCAGUCCAGACUUUCCUUAGUGAAUGACUUUAUCACAGAAUUUAUUCAAAUUGUAUUUGGCAAAGGUUUUCUUAUUUCCUACAAAGAGCACAUUACUUGUUGUUAAGCAACACACAUCAAAGUUGCUGGUGAACGCAG